GCUUAAGGAGAUUUGCAGCAUCUUAAAGACAAGAAAAUACAGAAUGGAAGAAGGUCCAUGGACCAGUUUCUGUGGAAGUUCUGCGUGUUCACACGAACACAACUGCACAUCAGGCUUUGCUGCAAUUUUCAAUCCACAUUCAUGCCCCAACCAUGUUUUGGUCAUUGCUUUUGAUAUCAUUGUCUUUCUCAUCUGUUUGUUUACUGUCAUCUACAAAUCAAACUCAAAAAAGGUCGUAGCCUCGCCCCAUUCCCUUCACUGUUUGCCAAUUUCCUCAGCCAUUUUCAAUGGCGGGUUAGGCUUUGCUUACUUGGGUUUCGGGGUUUGGACAAUUCAAGAGAAAUUGAGAUCAGAAUAUAGUUUAAUACCUCUUCAUCAAUGGCUAGUGGUGUUGUUUCAGGGCUUUACAUGGUUGUUGCUGAGUCUAAUUGUGAGCCUCAAUACGCAACAGAGUCGACAUAUCGUAACAGUAAAGCUUUGUUCUGUACUUGCCUUGUUGUUUUCAGUGUUUCUAUGCAUUCCAUCUGUUUGGGAAGCCAUUGAGGAGAGAGUAGCAUCGGUUAAGACUGUGCUAGAUAUCAUGACCUUUCCCGUAGCAAUUCUAAUGAUCUUUUGUGCUUUUCGAGCACAAACAAAUGAAGGAAUUGAGCCCAACACCAAGUUUGAUUCACUCUAUGAACCUUUACAAUCUAAAGAAGCUGAUACGGAUGGUGAAAUCGACACAGAUGAGUCAGAUGACGAUGUAACUCCUUUCGCCAAGGCUGGAUUUUUAAGCAAAAUGUCAUUUUGGUGGUUGAAUCCAUUACUAAAGAAAGGCAAGGCGAAAGUUCUCGAGGACAAAGAUAUUCCAAAGCUACGUGAAGUUGAUCGAGCAGAGACGUGUUACUUGACGUUUAUGGAGGAGCUAAGGAAGCGAAAAGAGAAAGGAACGGCACAGAACCCUCCUUUUCUGUCGACAAUCUUUUUCUGCCAGAGGAGAGCUCUUUUGAUAUCCGGGUUUUUUGCGUUGCUCAAAGUACUCACACUGUCUACAGGACCGGUGCUUUUGAAAGCUUUUAUCGAUGUUGCACAAGGCAAAGAAGCGUUUAAAUAUGAGGGAUAUGCGCUUACCUUGGGGCUUUUCCUUGCAAAAUGCUUGGAAUCAGUGUCGGAGAGACAAUGGUACUUCCAAACUAGACUAAUUGGGCUGCAAGUAAGAUCUUUGCUAUCUGCAGCAAUCUAUGAGAAGCAACUCCGACUUUCAAAUGCUGCGAAGACCACUCACUCUCCGGGGGAGAUAACAAAUUAUGUCACGGUUGAUGCGUAUAGAAUAGGGGAAUUUCCAUACUGGUUUCAUCAGAUAUGGACAACGAGCCUUCAGAUAUGCCUCGCGUUUAUUAUCAUGUACUAUUCUGUGGGGUUAGCAACUAUUGCGGCGGUGGUAGUGAUCAUUGUGACUGUUUUUGGAAAUUACCCGGUGGCCAAAUUACAGCACAAACACCUGACAAAGCUCAUGGCAGCACAAGACAAGAGGCUAAAGGCAAUCACCGAGGCACUCGGAAACAUGAAGGUUUUGAAGUUGUAUGCUUGGGAGACGCAUUUCAAGAGCGUUAUAGCAAGGCUAAGGAAUGAUGAAUCAAGCUAUUUAGCGGCUGUUCUGUCACAAAGAGGGUACCAUUUGGUUCUGUUUUGGUCGUCCCCAACCAUAGUUUCAGCUAUUACUUUCUGGACUUGUUACUUUCUUGGAAUUCCUCUCAAUGUUAGCAAUGUUUUUACGUUUCUCGCAACGCUGCGAAUCCUUCAGGAGCCCAUCAGGUUGAUCCCUGAUAUUGGGACAGUGUUUAUUGAAGGAAAAGUUUCGUUCACUCGAAUAGUGAAAUUUCUCGAGGCACCUGAGUUGCAGGAUAGGAAUUUGAAGCAAAAGCACGAUGCAAAGGGACACGAGAAAUCUAUAUUUAUCAAUUCCUCUAGGAUUUCAUGGGAUGCUAGUUCUUUAAAGCCUACUCUAACCGACAUAAAUUUGGCGGUUAAACCUGGUGAGAAGAUAGCUGUAUGUGGAGAGGUUGGCUCGGGUAAAUCAACCUUUAUAGCGACAAUUCUUGGAGAAAUUUCAAACAUCAAUGGCAUAGUUCAAGUACAUGGAAAGAUUGCCUAUGUUGCUCAAACAGCAUGGAUCCAAACAGGAACCAUACAAGAAAACAUUCUCUUUGGGUCCAACAUGGAUUUCCAUAGAUACCAAGAAGUACUUGAAAAGUGUUCCCUAAUAAAGGACCUCGAGAUGCUUCCAUUUGGCGAUUGCACCAUAAUAGGAGAACGGGGCGUUAAUCUCAGUGGUGGGCAGAAGCAACGCAUUCAACUUGCACGUGCACUAUAUCAAGACGCAGAUGUUUAUCUCUUGGAUGAUCCAUUCAGUGCUGUUGAUGCACAUACUGCAACCAGUUUAUUUAAUGAAUAUGUCAUGGAAGCUCUAGCAGGGAAGACUGUCUUGCUUGUGACACACCAAGUCGACUUCCUACCAGCAUUUGAUACUAUCUUGUUAAUGUCGGAUGGAAAGAUCGUGGAAGCAGCUACCUAUGAUCAGUUGCUAACUUCUAGUCAACAAUUUCAAAUCCUUGUCAACGCUCACAAAGACACUGCCGGUUCUGAGAUGCAAACCGAGUACUCUUCUCAAAGGCCUAAAACCUCCAAAGAAGAAAUCCAGAAAAUUUAUACCAAGGAACAGCUAAAAGAAUCGUUAGGAGACCAGCUGGUUAAGAAAGAAGAAAGAGAAACAGGCGAUGCCGGUUUCAAGCCUUACAUACAGUAUCUGAAUAAGAGCAAUGGCUUCUUGUACCUCUCUCUGGCUGUUAUCAUUCAGAUUAUCUACAUAAUUGGGCAAUUUGUGCAGAGUCUCUGGUUGGCUGCCGACGUACAAGACUAUAGUGUAUCGUCUGAUCUGAAUAUGGUGGACCUUGAAUUGGCAUUCAAGUUCAGUGUGAGCAUAGGGGCAACGAUGAACACAUAUUUUAGCUUCUGCGUUUUGGCUAUCAUCACCUGGCCAAUCUUGAUUGUCAUCAUACCCAUGGUUUAUGUUACCAUACUCUUACAGAGAUUCUACUUUGUUUCUGCAAAGGAGUUGAUGCGAAUCGUUGGCACAACUAAGUCUUCACUUGCAAGCCAUCUUGGUGAAUCCAUUGCUGGAGUAGUGACUGUUAGAGCUUUUGGAGAGGAAGAUCGAUUCUUUUCAGAGAACUUGCGCCUUAUUGAUGCAAACGCGAGUGCAUUCUUCCACAAUUUUUCAGCAAACGAGUGGUUGAUCCAACGCCUAGAAAUCCUGUGUUCAAUUGUCCUCUCCUGCUCUGCGCUUGCCUUGACUUUGUUCCCACUCGAAGCUUCUAAAUCAGGAUAUAUUGGAAUGGCUCUAUCAUAUGGUCUUUCGCUGAACUUGUUCGUAGUUGGUUCUGUCCAAAGCCAGUGCAUGAUAUCGAAUUUGAUUAUUUCUGUAGAAAGGCUAGAACAGUACUUGCAUAUUCCUAGCGAAGCCCCUGAAAUAAUAGAAAGCAAUCGACCUGCACUGACCUGGCCAGAAGUUGGUAAAGUGGAGAUCUGUAAUUUGAAGGUUAGGUAUCGGCCUAAUGCUCCUCUGGUGCUUCGAGGGGUCAGUUGCGUGUUCGAAGGAGGGCACAAAAUUGGGAUUGUUGGAAGAACCGGUAGUGGGAAGACAACUCUGAUCAGUGCCUUGUUUCGCUUGGUGGAGCCUACGGAGGGAAUGGUCAUUAUUGAUGAUCUAGAUAUCAGUACGAUCGGGCUUCAUGACCUUAGAUCACACUUAGGGGUCAUUCCACAAGAUCCAACUCUCUUUUGUGGGUCUGUGAGAUUCAAUCUAGACCCGUUAUCAGAACACACUGAUCAAGAAAUAUGGGAGGUUCUUGAAAAAUGUCAGCUUCGAGAGGCAGUUCAAGAGAAAGCAGAGGGCUUGAACUCUUUAGUUGUGCAAGACGGAUCAAAUUGGAGCAUGGGACAGCGACAGUUAUUUUGUUUGGGACGAGCGUUACUGAAGAGAAGGAAGAUACUGGUUCUUGAUGAAGCCACUGCAUCAAUCGACAAUGCAACCGACUCCAUCAUACAGAAAACCAUUCGGACAGAAUUUGCAGACUGCACUGUCAUCACUGUAGCCCACAGAAUUCCAACUGUGAUGGACUGCACAAUGGUGCUUGCUGUUAAAGACGGGCAAUUGGUGGAGUAUGAUGAGCCGAUGAAGCUCAUGAGUAAAGAGGGUUCGCUGUUUGGGCAGCUGGUUAAGGAAUACUGGUCUCAUUCUGGAAACGCUAAUGGUGUGGACUCAGAGGAUUUGAAGCAAUAGCUUAGUAGUUGUAAGAAUAACUAAUAAGGUGUUAAUGGUAUUGUGUAAUGUGUUUUUGGGAUGUCGUUGCUAUUUCUUUGAAAUAAACACUACAUCUGUUGUGCGCCAGAUAUGCAUCACAAUUUGAGUAACGUUUUUGAAUUUCAAUUACUACACCUAUUAGAACUUAAUUUUUUU